AUGCACUGCGCCCUAUGCUCUGCGCCCUAUGCUCUGCGCCCUAUGCACUGCGCCCUAUGCUCUGCGCCCUAUGCUCUGCGCCCUAUGCUCUGCGCCCUAUGCUCUGCGCCCUAUGCUCUGCGCACUGUGCUCUGCGCACUGUGCUCUGCGCACUGUGCUCUGCGCACUGUACUCUGGGCACUGUGCUCUGCGCACUGUGCUCUGGGCACUGUGCUCUGCGCACUGUGCUCUGGGCACUGUGCUCUGGGCACUGUGCUCUGCGCACUGUGCUCUGCGCACUGUGCUCUGCGCAUUGUGCUCUGCGGACUGUGCUCUGCGCACUGUGCUCUGCGCACUGUGCUCUGCGCACUGUGCUCUGCGCACUGUGCUCUGGGCACUGUGCUCUGCGCACUGUGCUCUGCGCACUGUGCUCUGGGCACUGUGCUCUGCGCACUGUGCUCUGCGCACUGUGCUCUGGGCACUGUGCUCUGCGCACUGUGCUCUGCGCACUGUGCUCUGCGCACUGUGCUCUGCGCACUGUGCUCUGCGCACUGUGCUCUGCGCACUGUGCUCUGGGCACUGUGCUCUGCGCACUGUGCUCUGCGCACUGUGCUCUGGGCACUGUGCUCUGCGCACUGUGCUCUGCGCACUGUGCUCUGCGCACUCCUCCACCCGCCCCCGCCCUUUCCAACCCCUACCCCUCAUGGUUGUCCUCUUCCUCCCUUUCCCCCACCCGUUUUUUUCCUCCCGCAUGAGGCAGGGAGGGAGGGCAGGAAAAAGGAAUUCGAGGGGGGAGUGUUGUCCACUGCUGCAUGUCUCAACCCCUCAUGUGUGUCUCACCCCUCCCCCUCUCCCCCUCCUCAUUCCUUUCUCUCUGACGGCCGCGCCCUUCCCAUGUUUCUCCUCUCCCCCUCUUUGCUCUGUUUCUCGUCUCUUCCUAACCACUUUUCCCUGCUCCCCCCACCUGCCUACCUGAUUUCCAUAUCUUCCCUCUCCCCUUUCCCCUCACCUCCAACCCCUUACGUGCUCCUCCUGCCACCUCAGCUGACAUGCUUCCCCUUUCCCUUCCCCCUCUUCCCCCUCCUCUUCCCUAUCUCCCCUGUUUGA